GCUCGAUUGUCACACUCAACACACACAUUGAAGGUUGGAGUUCGGUGAGUUCGGUUAUGGCGUCAACAGUUGACAGAUGCAAAGUGUAUUCAGACACCAACGGCAAAAUGAGUGGAGAUGAAAAAGCAGAACUCCAUGAAACAUUUAAAGCGAUUGACAAAAAUGGAGAUGGCUACAUCGACAUGUCAGAACUCAAGAACGCCCUGGACCUCUGUGGGUUCAAGAUGCCUGGCUGGAAGGUUCGCAGAAUGAUAGAGGAUUAUGAUGAUAAAAAGGAAACACAACACCAAGGACGAUUAACUUUUGAUGAAUUUGAAAAGCUAUGUUUGGAACUGAAGGCUAAUGAGGUUGGCAGUACAUUCAAACAGGUUGUCUCCAAGAAGGAGAACCUAGAAACCUUGGGUGGCAUGUCUGAUGCUUCCAGCGAAGGGACCACACACUCUGUGCGGUUGGAGGAGCAGUUGGCAUUCUCUGAUUGGAUCAAUAGUAACCUGGGUGGAGACCCAGACCUGGCACAUCUUCUGCCCAUUGAUGCUGAAGGCAAGACACUCUAUGAUAAAGUCAAAGAUGGAAUCCUACUUUGUAAAGUGAUAAACCACUCAUGUCCUGACACCAUUGACAACCGAGCUCUCAACAAAAAGAAUCUAACAGUGUACAAGAAGCUGGAAAACCUGACCAUGGCUCUCAACUCCAGCCGUAGUAUAGGCUGCAACAUCGUCAACAUCGAUGCUCAUGACCUGGCCAAGGGCAAACCUCACCUGGUGCUGGGCUUGCUUUGGCAGAUCAUUCGAAUAGGGUUGUUCAAUCAAAUCAACCUGGAGAAUUGCCCUGGGCUGACAACUCUGCUGACAGAGGGAGAAGGUAUCGAGGAUCUCAUGAAACUGUCCCCGGAGGCCAUCUUGCUGCGGUGGGUCAACCAUCACCUGGAGAGAGCUGGACUGCCCAGACGUUGCAACAACUUCCAUGAAGACAUCUGUGAUUCAGAAAUCUACACACAUCUCAUCAAACAGAUUGCACCUCCUGAGAAAGGCGUGACUGUGGAAGCACUUUCUGAUUGGCUGAGGAGAGCAGAAGUAAUGCUGCAACAAGCUGGAAAAUUGGGAUGUCGCACAUUUGUAACGCCCAGUGACGUUGUGGGCGGCAUUUAUAAGCUGAAUUUGGCCUUUGUCGCUAACCUGUUCAACUUCUACCCUGGACUGGAGCGGCCAGAGGAGCAGAUUGAAGGGCUUGAGAACUUGGAAGAGACAAGAGAAGAGAAAACUUACAGAAACUGGAUGAACUCAAUGGGUGUUACUCCUCAUGUGAACUGGCUGUACUCAGAUCUGGCCGAUGGCCUCAUCAUCUUCCAACUUUACGAUAUCAUCAAGCCUGGCAUCGUCAAAUGGAACAGAGUCCACAGGAAUUUCUCGAAGUUACGAAAAUUCAUGGAAAAGUUGGAGAACUGUAAUUAUGCCAUUGAACUAGGCAAAGAGCUAAAGUUUUCUUUGGUGGGAAUUGCAGGCCAAGACUUGAAUGACGGCAAUGCAACACUCACCCUAGCCCUCAUAUGGCAGUUGAUGCGAGCGUAUACGCUGUCAAUACUGACACAGUUGGCCAACACAGGGAGCCCUAUCGUUGAAAAAGAGAUCGUCCAAUGGGUCAAUAACAAGUUGGCCUCUGCUGGCAAAACUACCUCACUGAAAGGGUUCCAGGACCCUAUAAUUGCGGAUGCCAAGGUGAUUAUUGACUUGAUGGAUGCCAUCAGACCCAAAUCCAUCAAUUAUGAGAACGUCAGAGAUGGUGGCACUGAAGAAGAUAAUCUUGCAAAUGCAAAGUAUGCCAUUUCAAUAGCAUGGAGGAUGGGUGCUCGAGUUUAUGCUCUACCUGAAGACAUCGUUGAAGUGAAACCUAAAAUGGUAAUGACCAUGUUCGCUUGUCUGAUGGCCAUGGACUACAUUCCCAACAUGGACUCAAAACAAUAAACUGUUAUGUCUACCAUGUAAAUAUUUCACUAGCCUACGGUGCUUCCAUAACAUGUACAUAGAUGGUAAACCAUCGACUGCCUAAGACGCCUCUCAUCGAAUAUCUUUGUAACGCAGUUUUGUAUUUUGUAAACUCUUUAGCACCUGUCAUUUAGACUUAAAAUAUAGUUGAUAUGAUUGCAAUUAAAUCCUUUUAAGGGAAAAGGUUUAAGAAAACCUGUGUGAACGAGCUCAAGCUAAAACAGAAAACGUACAAAAUUGUAGUUAUGUGGGUUAAGUUUGAUUCAAGGCUGUGGAAGUUGUGUAUCAAUUCCGUAGGUUACUUUAUAAGUAUAUUUUUGUGUCCGUAGGCAAAAAAUAACUCAGUCAUAUACACCAAGAGUUAAACUGAUACUAAAAUUUCACAAGACCCAUCUGCCUUCUGAACUGCUUGAUAUCAUAUUUAAUGGGUUAACACUUCAUUUUUUUCCAACCAGAGCUAGUCUUGGUACCAUCUUCAUCCAACCGAAAUCUCUAAGUUUGAUCAUUCGAGUGCAAGGAGUUGAGUACAAGUGUCAGCCGAUCGUGUGAUGUACUCUGUAAUCACGAGCUGUUAUUAUUGCCACAGAAAUAUUGCAAUACACACUUGACAAUUUAAUUAACAAAAAUUAGUGUUCAUAUAUUAUAAUUUACAAAGAAAAGGUAUUUUCAACUAAUUUGUUACAUAAACUGAUUAAAAUUAUAAAAUCGUAACCUAACAUAAUAACAGUCUUAUUAUGCAGUGCGAGCACAUACUCACAUUCUGUCCUGUCCGGAUGGAGUUGAUGUUUCUUUUCUAUUCCAAGUUUUCUGAACAAAAGUUUUUUUGGACAAAAUAAAGCAGUUAACCCAUAAAAUACUGAAAUUUUACAACUUUAUAUAUUUUUACAGACAAUUUUGUAUAUAUUAUGUAUAAGUAUUUUGAUACAUUGAUAGUUAUACUUUUGUAGGCUUAAUAUUUUAACGAGUAUGCUUGGAAUAUUUACAUUCAACAUUCUUAUCUAUUACUUGUUUCAACAAGUUGACAUUUCCAUUGUAUUAAAUAUCAACAACUUACCACUUAAAAUAUUGUAAUAUAGAGUUGGGUAGAUAGUCGUUAUAAAACUUUACAUGACGUUUUAUAAGAGUUUUAAGAAAUUUCAAUGAAGUUCAUAGAGGUGUAGUAGCCUUCAUCAGGAUCAACAGCACAAUGACCACUAUAAACCAUGGUUGGUCCAAAGACAAAAAAAAUGUAUAAUAAUACAGUACGAGCCAUUGUUUUGUGUGAACUAAUCAAUAAGUAAGAUUCAUACUUUGGUGUAAGUAUGAUAGAGCAGUUGAAUCAUUUAUGCAUUUUAUACAUUUCCCAGACAAUCCAAAAAUACUCACUAAUUAAAGUGAUAACAAAAUAUUAACUCAGUAUUUGUUUUAUUUUAAAAAUUCAGUUAAAGUAUAAUAUUUAAAACUUCUGACUAUUUAAUACAUACUAUUUCUGUUCAGUUUGAAAACAUAAGGUAAUAAGUUAUUGGUAUUUUUUAUUGGAUCUUACAAUUGAUUUCACUUCUGAUCUUUGUUUUGUUUCCUUUUUUAAAUUUAAUACCUAGAAAUUACUAACACUUGAUUUAAUCUGAUGUAGUUUUUCAUGUACAAUAUAACAACAUUGGUUUUAUUAUGUACAAUUUAGCGUAAAUUCUGUUCUUGAUUUAGCAUCACGUUAGGUUAUUCCUAACCAUUUUUAUCAUAUUUAAAAAUUUCUGGACUACUCUUGUAAAACCACAACCUGAGUAGUUACUCUUAGUUAGUAGAAGUCCGAGUAUUUACAACACUUCUAGUACUAAGAACCGAGACUGUCAUUGUGUUGAGUUUUGUCACGAGUAUCUAUCUACUGCCAGUUACCUAGAAGUAAAAAAUCAAAGAUUGAUUAAGUCAAAAAAACAGGUGUAGUGAACUUUGACGGUGAGAUGUAGUGUUAUGUGGAUGCCUACGGACCCGGGAGUUGCGGUUUCAACAAAUGUGUGACUAGUUGUGUUUCUAUGGAAAGGAUGCAAACAUUCCAUUUUAAAAGUAAUGUCUCUUAUUUGUUGUUGUGCUUUUUACCGUUAUUUGUUAUUGGCAUAAAAUAACAUUUGUCAUUAUUAAUAUUUAAAGCUAAUUUUAAGUCGAGUAAUCCACAGAAAUGCACCACUCUUCUAAGUUAUUGAGACAAUGAACAUAAAUCAAAUUGUUACUCUACGGUUAUACGUAACAAUGCCAAAUGAAAAUUUGUUCCGGUUGGUUCAUAUUUAAUAUAUAUUUGCUAAUGCCAUUACUUUGUUAUUUUGGAAAUGUAAAGAACCUGCCGAUAUUAUUUUCUAAAAACAAAAAUAAAUUACCUAUGAUUAUUAUUUUAUUUAAAAAUUGUAGAAAAUUUACAUGUAAUUCUCUAAGAAACACUGAAAACUUAUACAAAUC